AUGUCACAAUCUGAGACAAGUCGACAGAAAUUAAUCGAAGCUGAAUAUGAACCUGUUAGUUCAUCACGAAAACUUAGUUUAUUACUUCAACGUUCAGUUCGUUAUUCAUAUCGACAAAGAUGUUGUAAAUGUUGUCCAACAAUACUUUUUGAACUUCUAUUUCCAAUUAUUAUAAUACUAUUACUAGCUCUGACUCGAUAUGGAACCAAUCGACUAGCCGAAAAACAAAAUAAUGAUAGAAGUUUACCCGGACUUUUCAGUCGACAUUCAUGUUCACAAGAUAUCAAUAUUCAACCAACUUCAUCAAACGAUAUAUUUACUAAUUGUUUUAAAUUUCCACCGAGUUAUACCCGUGGUCGUUGGAAUUCACAUAGCCUAGAUGUUAUAUCCAAUAAAACAAAUAUUGUCUUUGAACCGGCCCGAAUUGAUGUAAACGAACUUGUUCAACGUGCUACAAUACGUCUAGCUACACUAAAAUGUGAUAAUACAAACAUUUGGUAA